UAUGCAAGGGAAACUACUCUCACAACACAUGAACUGACAAACCUCAUUCCAUCCAUCUGGAAAUAUUCACUUAUUAUUAUUGUUUUAUCACUGAUUUAUUGGGCAUUGUUUAAAAUGAACAACAAAUUUGAAGCUCUCACUUCUGCCAAAACUUCCAACCAGGAGACAGACAGACUGAAGGCAGAAGACAGUGAUGAUGAGGAGGAGCCAUUUAGGCCAGCGCCAAAACCUGGUGAGGGAGAGCACCCCCUUCAGUAUAACUAUGCCAUCUGGUUUUCUCGACGCUCACAGAAUAGCAAGUCAGUUCAGUAUGAUAAGAAUCUCAAGUUCAUAGCGUCCUUUGCUUCAGUUGAACAGUUUUGGAAUAUUUACAGUUACAUUGUAAGGCCUGGAGAUAUGAGCGGCCAUGUUGACUAUCAUUUGUUUAAAGAAGGAAUUCGGCCAAUGUGGGAGGACGAUGCCAACAAGCAUGGGGGUAAGUGGAUUAUUCGUUUAAAAAAGGGUCUUGCGUCUCGGUGUUGGGAGAACCUGAUCAUGGCCAUGUUGGGAGAACAGUUCAUGGUGGGAGAGGAAAUCUGCGGAGCUGUCAUCUCCAUCAGAUAUCAGGAUGAUAUUCUCUCCCUCUGGAACAGAAGCAACGACUCAACUAUCACGUCACGUAUCAGGGAUACGUUACAACGGGUUCUAAACCUGCCUCCUCACACUAUAAUGGAAUAUAAGGAACACACAGAGAGUAUUAAAGACCAAACCAGUUUCAGAAAUACCAACUUUGUCAGAUAGCACUCAACUUAAACAGAGCUCAGCAUAUCAUUGACUACAGUUGUUAUAUUUUGUCUUGCCACUUCCUGUUAGGGUCAAUGCAGUGUAUUGUGGGAAUUUGGGCAAAAAUUUCAUUUUAUUUUUCAACCUUCUCUCAUCUUUUUUUUUUUUUUUAAAACAACAAAAAAAUAAAAUAUUGAUAUAUAUUUUUUUAAAAUUUUAAUUCAAUCACUAAUUUUUAAAAAUCAUGUUUAUACAAUUUUUUACUUAAUCUAAUUUCAAAUGUCACAGUGAUGAGAGAUAAUACCUAUAUAAUAAUAAUUAGCAUGGAAGAAUGGACAUUGUAUUCAUAGUGUACAAAGAAAUAAACUUAACAAUAUAAUUGA